AUGAAGGGAAAUAUGGGAAAGAAAGGUGCCAACGACGAGGGCGAAAUAGGGAAGGCUGCCGAGAACAAAAAGAAGAAAAUAUCUCGACAUGUCUCUCGAGAAGCCAGCCUUCAUCUGAUAGAUCUCCCCUUGGACAUCAUCAACCUCAUUGCAGAUAAUCUACCACCAAGCUCAAUUGUUCUCCUUGGACUCACUUGUCAUGUGCUCUAUGCUCUUUUCUCAAAACAGAUCGCCGAGACUUCACUGAAAGCCCCAAUUUGGAAUCUACACACAGAAUCCGAGCAAUCUGUUUCGUCUCACCAAAUGAAUAUUGAACUCCAACUCCACCAUGUGUUAAGAGAUUGGAGUGGAUUAGCCGGGUACAAAUACUUCAACACAGCCGAUCUAUAUAGACUACAACAUCCUUCCCCACUGGCAAAAAAGUUGAACUGGAUGGACGAUGAUAUUUUCUCGGUAAUCCGCGCUGCGAUGAGUGUUAUGACGACGGUCAAAGAUACAAAACGUCUCAAAGAAGAGUUUGAAUUUGGCGCCUUAACAAAGAGGCAAAGGAAGAUUCGUAACUCGUUGAAAUUAGCAGGUGGGCUUUUCUUCAAAUGUCCUCGGCCUGGUGGAAGGAAAGAUUAUCUUUGGCACCAUUUAUUAGAGGAUGAACGACUCGAAAUCACAGAUUUGAUGCAAUUGUGGGCUCCUCGCGUGGAUUCAUUGAAAUUUGAGUUGAAUUUGCAUAGACGACUGCGUUGGUCACAAUAUAUGAUGACUAGUUAUGCCGAAUGGAAGGAAUUGGUAGGCUUUUGA